AUGGCCCGGGGUCCGGGCCUCGCGCUGCCGUCGCCCCCGCUGCCACUGUUGCUGUUGCUCCUGGCGGCGGCGAUCGGCCCCGCGGCCGCAAAGGACAACUGCACGUGCGCCACCAAUAAGAUGACCCUGUGCCGCGCGGACGGCCCGGGCGGCCGCUGCCAGUGUCGCGUGCUCGGCUUGGACUUCCCGGUGGACUGCUCCACGCUGACCUCCAAGUGCCUGCUGCUCAAGGCGCGCAUGAGAGCCCCCAAGAGCGGCCGCGCGCUCGUGCGGCCCAGCGAGCACGCGCUCUUGGACAACGACGGCCUGUAUGACCCCGACUGUGACCACGAGGGCCGCUUCAAGGCCCGCCAGUGCAACCAGACGUCGGUGUGCUGGUGCGUGAACUCGGUGGGCGUGCGCCGCACCGACAAGGGCGACCUGAGCCUGCGCUGCGACGAGCUGGUGCGCACCCACCACAUCCUCAUCGACCUGCGCCACAGCCCGGCCGCCCGCGCCUUCAACCACUCGGACUUGGACGCCGAGCUGCGGCGGCUCUUCCGCGAGCGCUACCGGCUGCACCCCAGGUUCGUGGCGGCCGUGCACUACGAGCGGCCCACCAUCCAGAUCGAGCUGCGGCAGAACGCGUCCGAGAAAGCUCCCGGCGACGUGGACAUCGCGGACGCCGCCUACUACUUCGAGAGGGACGUCAAGGGCGAGUCGCUGUUCCCAGGCCCUGGCGGCCUCGACGUGCGCGUGCGCGGCGAGCCCCUGCUGGUGGAGCGGACGCUAAUCUACUACCUGGACGAGAAGCCCCCCCAGUUCUCCAUGAAGCGCCUCACGGCCGGCCUCGUCGCUGUCAUCGUGGUGGUCGUGGUGGCCCUCGUCGCCGGCGUGGCCGUCCUGGUGAUCACUAACCGGAGGAAGUCGGGCAAGUACAGGAAGGUGGAGGUCAAGGAACUGGGGGAGUUGAGAAAGGAACCGAGCUUGUAG